GCUGAGACGGAGCAGCCGAGCCCCUGAGCUGGAGCAGAGGAGGGAGAGCCGAGACGGAGCAGCCGAGCCCCUGAGCUGGAGCAGAGGAGGGAGAGCCGAGACGGAGCAGCCGAGACGGAGCAGCCGAGCCCGGCGAGCCCCUGAAGCCGCAGGCCAUGGCGUCCCCCAGGAUCGAGGCCGUCGUCAGGCAGCGGCACAGGAUGGGGGAGAGCCCCGUGUGGGAAGAGGGGACAGGGCAGCUGCUGUUCGUGGACAUCACCGCGGGGCUCGUGUGCCGGUGGAGCCCACUCACAGGGGAGGUGCAGACCGUGGGCCUGAGAAACCGCGUUGGCUGCGUGGCUCUGCGCCAGAAAGGGGCCUAUGUGGUGGCAGCCGGCACCCGCCUCGGCUUCCUGGACUGGGAGACACAGCAGGUGCAGUGGGUGGCCUGGCUGGACAGGGACAAGCCCCACAACAGGUUCAACGACGGGAAAGUGGACCCUGCUGGGAGGUUUGUGGCAGGCACUAUGCCGGAGCCGUCCGCCCCAGGAGUGUGGGAGCAAGGGCAGGGCUCCCUGUACACGCUCUAUGCUGACCACUCGGUGGUCAGACACCUGCAUGGGCUGGGCAUCCCAAAUGGGCUGGACUGGUCCCUGGACCACAGCACCUUCUACCACGUUGACAGCCUGGACUACUCCGUUCAUGUGUACAGCUAUGACGUGCAGACCGGCAAGAUCGCAAACCCAAGACUCCUGUACCAGCUGCCACAGGGGCAGGGAAUGCCUGAUGGGAUGUGCGUGGAUGUUGCGGGGAAGCUCUGGGUGGCCUGCAUCGACGGGGGCAGAGUGAUCCGCCUGGAUCCCGAGACAGGGUCACAGCUGUGCGUGGUGGAGAUGCCUGUAUCCAGAGUCACAUCCUGCUGCUUCGGGGGGACCGACUAUGCAGACCUCUACGUGACCUCCGCAGCGGACGGCCUGAGCCCGGAGCAGUUGUUGCAGGAGCCCCAGGCUGGACACAUCUUCAAGGUCACAGGCCUGGGGGUGAGAGGGGUCGCACCUAGACCCUACACUGGCUGAGCAAGAGCUGCUUCCUGGGGCAGCCCGAGUCGCUGGC